CGACAGCUAACAUCGCUUCGUACAAUACUCGCAGAAGUGUGACAAACAGUGUCGGGAUUAUAACGUGUGCUAUUCGAUUACGUAUAUCAUGGGUGGCGAACAAGCGUUGCUGUAUCUUGGCCUCGUGUGCUUGCAGACGAUUUUCGUGAACGCCGUGCCGGACUGGCUACCGCCUGAGAUAUUGGACAUGGUGGCAGAGGACAAGGCUCGGUGCAUGGGCGAGCAUGGCACGACGCAAGCGCAAAUCGACGAGGUGGACAAGGGAGUACUAACAGACGAUACGUCGAUCACUUGCUACAUGUUUUGCUUGCUCGAAGCGUUCAGCUUGGUCGAUGACGAAGGCGACAUAGACACGGAUAUGUUGUUAGGUCUGCUGCCAGAUCAAUUGCAGGCAAGAGCAGAAUCGGUUAUGUCCAAAUGUAUUCCAGCAUCGGGCUCUGACAAGUGCAACAAGAUAUAUAACCUCGCCAAAUGCGCCAUGGCGGAAGCACCGGACGUAUGGUUCAUUGUCUAAGGUCAAGGAAAGAAGAUUAUAUCCCGGGACGACGGAACGAUCUCUUUUUCUGCAGGCAACGACAGAGAAAUUACCGAUAGGCUGGGAAACGAUUACGCGAAUGGAUAUUCGACGAUGAUAAACAACGAAAAAAAAGAAAAAAAAAGGAAAAAAAAAGAGAAGUAAAAACCUAAGAAAACACGCAUCGUGUACGUAACCAAAAUUGAUAUAAUUCGUGUACCUAUACCGAACAUGUUUUGUACGUUUCGUUCGAACAGAACGAACAAACUUAUAAUUCAAGUAAUUACAGAGAGCAAUGCAAUGUAAAUCGUUGUUAAGGUGAAAUAUAUUCAGCGAGUGUAGAGAAAACUUGAAAAAUAUAAAAAUCGGCCGAGGGAA